AUGAAAUAAGUUUGCAAUUUAUACUAACAAGGGAGAUGUGAAAAAGGGAAGAAAUGCAAAUAUAUGCAUAUGGAAGAAAAAAUUGAAAAACCAAUUUAAUAGGAAUAAAAAUAAACUAAGAUUUAGGUGAUAAAAUAGAAAGAGAUCGUACAGAAAGUACAUCAUCCAAAAAUAUUUAAAUGGACUGAUUUAUCGAAAUUGGCAGAUUCAUAAGAAAUACUUUAAUAGAAUUAAGAAUUAUUGGGAGGAGAUUUCUUCAAAAUUGCAAAAGAUUUGUAGAAUGAUAAGGAGAAGGACAUUAUGCAAAUAUUUCGAAAAUUUUAACAGAGUAUAAAAUUCUUACCUUAACCUUAAUGCAAAUUAUUAGAAUAUUUAAGAAACAAUGAGGAAUUUUAAGUAAUCCUUCGAUUUGUACCAUCAAUUGAUAGGAAAGAAUUAGAAUUCAAAGAAUAAGUAAAAGAAAGAUAUUUUGAAAUUCUCUUAUAAAUAGAUAAGAAUUAUCCGAAAUCAUCAGUUAUAAUUUUGAAUUAAUCACUAACUCAAGAAUUUAAGGAUGUAUUAUAAAAUAGGAUGAGUGAUCAAAUAUUUGAAAAAAAAGGAUUAUUUUAAGGGAUGAGAUAUAUAGAAACUCAUUUUGAUGAAAUUGUUUUAGGUUUAUGA